AUGAUUGCUCUCGGGGCGUUCUACUCAGCUGGCCAAGUCACCCGAUCAACCUAUAUCUGCUUCGAGCCGUUGGACAGCCAUUCGUGGACACUGGCGCUACAGCUGAUCUCCCUGAUCCUCGAUGCCAUGAUCAUCGUUCUCCUUUGGAGGGUCAUGGCAUGGACGAGGACCAUCAAACUACGCCUGUCAACCCUCGGCGUAGUUCUAAUCGCGUCUUCCGUAUCAACGGGGCUUGUCGGGGCCGGUAGCGCUGCCUUUGAAGUCACCUCCCACUUCAGUCUGGCCAUCGGCUCCGUCUACAGUUUCGAUAUAUUGGUCGACAGUAUUGCUUUCGCUCUUCUUGCCAUUUUUGCGGCAGCUUGGAUCUGCGAGACAUCACCGCUGCUGCCAUCCAGCACCGUUACUGUGCUGGUCGGCACAUUGAACUUCUGGACAAGUGCGGCAACAUUUGGUGACUGGGUGCACACGCAGCGCUACGCAAUCCUUAUUCCGGGAUGGUGCACUUUAUUGAGCUUCGGAUUCUUUUUGCGCUUUCAGGAGGUGAAGAGCGUCGUUUGGAUGCCGCGCAGUCCGCUUGCUUUCCUGCUAGUAAUGCUGGGCAUUGCUAUCACCAUGCGCCAAGGUAUGAAGGGCACGCCUUCAUACCCAAGGCAUCCAAUCAGCGAUCUGAUCUACAAGGCCAACAUUGAGCACGAUAGAUGGGUCACUAAAGCUACCUCUAGCGACACCGUGAAGGUGGGUGCCAAAAAUUAUGAGGAGCUCCAUGGAGGCAAGGUGGCGCCUCCCAACUUUGACAAGUGGUAUGAAUACGCCCACGGAUCGAUUGUUAUCGAUUCUUUUGAUCAGAUUGACGCAGACCUUCAACCCUUCUGGAACUACCCGCCUUCCGUUCUUAGGGAUCGAGCCGAAGCUAUAAUUCAGGGGCCCGGCAUUGGAGCCAUCCGCCUCAAGGAUGGUCUGGCCAGCCACAGCGACUCAGGGGCGGAGGCCAGCGACGCCGAUUUGCAGCAACUCACAGCCAUGAUAAACAAGUUUGCAAAGAACUUGCCCGACAUGGUUCUUCCCAUCAAUCUUGGCAGCGCCCCUCGAGUACUGCCGCCGUGGGAGGAGACAACAGGUCACUACGACGCGACAUUGGGCGGUAUGGUAGACCCGAUGACAAAGAGGUCGCCCGUUGCGGUCAAUGACACAGAAAACUCCGUCGAUCUACGAUCACCAGCACAAGCAUUGCCUGCUACUGCUGAAACACCGGGCAUUUCAUCGAAUGAAUACCGGGAGAUGCUUCUGGGUGCCUGUCCGCCCAGCUCUCGCAGCAGGACACAACCUCAAUGGGACGCAUCGCGUUUCUGCGUACACUGUAUUCGUCGGCACUCGAAGCAUGGUUUCCUCACCAAAUGGGACAGGUCACUUCAAACAUGUGCCCAGCCCGAUCUCCGGAAUCUGCAUGAUCUCUACAUGACGAGCCCGAUCUCAGAACCCAUCCGGAAGCUCGUGCCACUGUUUAGCCCAUUCAAGGUGGAUGUUUACAGUGACAUCUUGGUCCCGCUUCCGCGAGCAACGCUGGGCGGCGACCCGGAUAUGCCAUGGACCUUUAAGCGAAGAUACGAUUCGCUGUAUUGGAAAGGGAUGGUAGGACAGCGGGACACCAAUCCACAAGCCUUGCGAGGUAGUCAGAAGUAUAGGCUCCUUCAUCUCUUCCUCAGCCCCAACAGUCGGGACAAGGUUACCCUGCUGCUACCCAGGAACAAAGAUCAGACAAGUUUUGGCUAUGAGCCAACAUCGGCUGCACAGGCGGGCAGUGUGGCGCCCUUUGACAUUGGUAUUGGAGGCUUCUCCGACUGCAACAGCACGCACUGCGAUGUUGUAAAGACUGCAUUUGGCGCCAGAGAGGAGACACAAGAGCCGCUCGAAUAUCGCUACGUGCUCCUGCUGGACGAGGAUGGUGCACCGCCAAGUCAGCUCAUGCGGACGAUUGGCUCGGGCAGUGUCCCCUUUGUGUCGACCAUUUUCCGUUCGUGGUACACCGAGCGACUGCAGCCUUACUUGCAUUUCGUGCCGGUCGAUCCACGUUUCCACGCGCUGCACUCCACGUACCUAUAUUUCACGGGGACGGAGAAGCGAGUUGGUAUCAACGGCAGAGAUACCAUGAUGAAGGCACGCGACGAUGAUGGCGAAUAUAUCGCCAAACAGGGACGCAAGUGGGUAGAACAGGCUUUGACCGAUAAGGACAUGGAAGUGUAUCUGUUUCGACUGCUCCUCGAAUGGGGACGGCUCAUUGAUGACGAGAGAGAUACCAUCGGGUAUCAAAAGGACGACCAAGGCGUGUACAAUAACGUUGGGUGGACAACGCAGGGGAGCGUAUCUUGA